AUGGGUUCGCAGACACUAGAGAUAUUACGCCAAGGUGUUUGGGCAUCGUUAACUGGGGGAUGGUUUUAUGAUCCUCAUCAGAAUUUGUUUUGCAACACUGUGCAUUUAUAUGUGUGGUUGUUCCUGCUAUGUUUGCCGUUUUCUAUCUACCUGUACUUCCCGCCAGCGAGUCUCGGUUGGAUCAUAUACUGUGCAUUGGUUGCGGUGCUAUUCGCCGGCCUGAAGCUGUUGAACCACGGCCUGCACCACAUGUACGACACCACCGAGUGCAUCAUCGUGCAGCCGCCCAGCGACCCCAACGCCACUGAGAACACUGCUCCUGACGAAGGCAUGGAGAUGCAAAUGCUGAAGUUGGGUGGAGCGCCGGCGACGGGGAGUGACAACGAGUCAGUCACUUCACUCGAGUACCACAAGCCUAAUAACAGCACUAUAGAUUUAAAAGUAGAUGUCCACCGAAAGAACAGUUCGGAGUCUAGUAUGGAAGACAGCGCCAUGUCUGCCAAGCAGACGGAGGCUGUGGCCGCCACCAAGUCGGACCUGUGCGUGGCGCAGGCCGCCGACAUGCCCGGCCCUUCCAAAACCCGUCCAGCUGCCAGGAGCCGAUCUAAAUCCGGCCACAGAAGGGAACGAACCUCCAAAAGGAGGACGCACGGUACCCGCAUCGACGAACUAAUAGGUGAAGCCUCUAGAAGUAACAGGGUCGAGAACAACUUGCCCGUUCAUAUGCUAGUCGACGAAGGCCCCUUCGCCAAAGUAAGUAGGCGGUACCACGAGUGCCCACAUCGUCGCGGAUCAAGUAACAAGGACUUUUUCAAAGAGUGGUUAUACCUCGACGGUAGCGAGGCUACCGGGGAACCUUAUCAGUCCAAGUUCGCUCGACAACUCAGCUCCGACUCGAGAGAUAACUCCGAGCCUAGCGUCGGUCCGCCGUCUCCUAAGAAGAGGACAGCUCACCGUCGGAGGUACGCUAACUACCCAGAUGAAAGUUGUACCAAGUCCGCAAUGGCGCUGGCAACACAGCAGUCCUCCAACAUGCGCAGGAACUCCAACUCCACGAUGUCCACUAUUCAGCUCCCACUUUUGAAUUCAACCGCACAACUUGUAUCGCAUAUGAGGAGGCACUCCAACAAUGCUGAUACUGGAUUCUUCGCCAGUGUAGAGCUUGGUGAAUACAUGAUGGUGAAGGCCGAAGCCCCAGCGGGCGAAACAGAAAAGAGUAAAGGAAAGAGUUCAGGAUUUAGAAGAAUUAAAAGCGCCGCGUUAGAAAUUGGGUGUCCACCUCCGAGUGUUUCGAACCUGUCCCCCCAUCCUAAUAGCGCAGAAACUAUCGGUGGUCAGAUGCUAAAGAACCCUAAAAGCGCAGUUAUUCCACCUCCUAGUAAAAGCUUAACUCGCGGUCCACAUUUAAAUCUGUACCCAAAGAAUGAAUCAGGAGAAGGAUGCAGCUACCCAUAUCUAACUUACGGCUCUGAAAUUGUGUACCCAAUCGCUGAAAUAUCUGAUGAGAUGCAAACAUCUCAGAAAGAAACUGACCUAGACUCGAGUGGAGAGAGCUACAGUGAUUACGAUGAUGAGAAGCAGUUCCGAGGCUUCGACUGGGACGCCGAGCAGUCACCAGCGAUGCGCUCCAGUGACUCUGACUACGAAAACAACGGAUCCAGGUCGCCAUUGCUUGACAGGCCCUCAGACGUGCGAGUGGUGCGGAGUAAAACUCACGGGGACAGCAAGAAGCACUGCUGCGAACGACACACAAACAAACAUAACUUGGACUGCCCCAACGACAAAAGUAAACCAGUAAGACUGAAAAAGCUUCCCAAACACGAGCCACAAUAUGAAGCUAAGCGUUCCGAUAGAGCAGCACCUCCUUGCUGCGAAUGUAAAACCAACAUCAAUCCUAACGUUGACUAUUUUGAAAAGGCCAGCGCUAGUUCCAAAGACUUAUUAAUAGAAAAAUCUAGUUUAGAGUCUAAUGAGGCCCAAGAGCAGCCCGAGAAACAAUCAGAAGACAAAAAAGUCGUCGAAAAGAAACCGUGGGACCACAAUAUCUGUAAUUCUAGCAGUAGCAGCGAUACUUACGUAGAGGGAGUGGCGAAAAUGUUUAAACCAGAAAAGAACAUUGCUCCCGAAACUGAGGAGUCGCAAGUAACUUGUGACAGCAGCCGUAGUGCCGACGAGCGCAGCGUGUACAGCCUGGACUGGCUCUUCGAGGAGGCCGACCUCGCCGGCUGCAAGGACGCAGGCGCCUGCGCGCUCUCUGAAGAUGUAUUGAACCAAAAACUAGCCAACGCCCUCGGCGAGUCGUCUUCCAAUGUUCCAAAAAACUUGGGAGCUAUACCAAAGCAGAUAAAAAACUUAGCGCGUUCGCGAGCUUCCUCGCAGAAGGAGAACAAGAAGAGAGAUUCUAAAAAAGAAAAAGAUGAGAAUCAAAAUGAAGAAGUAUCCUUCGACGCGGUGGAAGCUCAGGCUGCUUUGGUACAAGGGUUGGAAUGCUUGUUUGCGGCGACCAACGCCAACACUGUGGUGAUGCCGCCCACCAACCGGGACGAGCGCCAGCGCAGCCACAGGCAGAGCAUUCGGGGGGAGAGAGAGAAUUCGCACAAAACUAGGAAACGUUCCAUUGAAGAAGUAGCACAAACCUCUACCAACACCCUUCUUCCCACCUCCAUGCCUUUACUGGCAGCGUUCCUCAACUCCAGGGUGGACUUCGGACCUUGUUGCGCACCAGCGCACGCCGCGGCCAGCACCGAGCCAGCCCCGCCACAGAACGCGCAGGCUGCGGAGGAGGCCCCGCGGUUCAGGCCACUGAUGGAUAGAAACCAUAGGAACCGCAUUAGAAAAAUUAAACGUUCAACCCGACAGCGAAAUAAUCCUUCGCAUCAGAACAAUGCAAACAAAAGAAACAAGCAGCCAGCUCCGGACAGCUCCAAUAACUCUAAUAAUGUUCACUUUGCGACGUCAUUCGACGACACGACGGACGGUGCAAUACACUGCUUCAUGGACGAGUAUGGCAACUGGAUGUCGUACACCUUUGAUAAGAACAGUUCAGGUCGUGCACAGGCACAACCAAUUCCUUUACCGGAGAAGGAAGAUGGAAUGCGCAUUAACAGGGUCAAACCUAUCGAUAACCCCGACAACUCGCAAGAAACUGCCGGCGAAGGCAGCUGUGGCUCUCUAGAAUCUGAAGCUGGCAACAGUGAAAGUAUCCCCAAAACUAAACGCGGAGACAGCAUCGACCAAAGUUCCUCCAACCAGGGCAGUAACAACCCGCUCCUGUCGAGCAAUAACAAUGUGUCGGCCGUUGUACCCAUUAACACGAAUAAUGCCAACAAGCGGUUCUACGUGUUUGACGGAGGGACCGGCGCACACGCGGACCAACCGCGGUCCCCCGUGGCGUACGUCACUGACAGCUUGCUAGAACAAAUAGAGGCUGAGAGACAAUCGCGCAUGGGGCUACCGAGCAUGCAUAUAAACUUCCUCAUGAACCAGCAGAGGGCGCAACAGAUGGCUCAGCAACAAGCUGAGAACACAUACGCUAAUAUACCGAGCCUGAUGCCCUCGAUAGGCGAGGAGAGCGUAGAAAUAAACCUUAGGAGUAAAUUCUCUAAAUUAAUGGACGAAAUGGAGAAGGCGAAUCAGCCUAAACCAAAGAGUUAUUACAAAUUCAAACUUUCAAAAUGUUUUGAACUAAAAGUUACCAUGGACAGAUUGCAACUGAUGGCAUUGUUUGAUCGAAACUUGACGUUCAAGGAAACCUUUGUCACAAUAUUUCUGGCUGUGAUGGUGGCCGUGCUGGGUUCCAUGGUGUUGAACCUCGGCUUCUACAGGGAUAUAUACGCGUUUUGGUUUUGUUUCAUCAUGGCGGGCAGUCAGUACUCGCUACUAAAAAGUGUCCAGCCGGACUCCGCGUCACCAGUGCAUGGUUUCAACAAGAUGGUGGUGUUCUCUCGUCCCGUCUACUUCUGUAUCUGUACGGCACUAUUGUGCGGGGUACACAGUUACUUGGAACAAACAGCGCCCUUUACGGACGAGGACCACACGAGACGAAAACGAAGUGUAGACGUCACAAAACCUAUCACGAUAUACGGAUUUGAGAUGAAUGAAAGAGAUUUUUUACUCAUCAUUCAAUAUGUACUAUCAAAGUUCCUGUUAUUUUUUCCUUUGGCAUUCAGCUUAGGGUUAUUCCCUCAAGUGAACACAUUCCUCAUGUACUUCUUGGAGCAGAUAGACAUGCACGUCUUCGGUGGCAACGCGACGAGCAGCCUGAGCGCGGCCGUGUACUGCGUGCUGCGGUCCGUGGCCGCCAUCGGGGUGCUGUACGGGUUCGCGUACAGCGGGCUCGUCGAGGGGAAGAAAUCUCAGCACCAGAAGCACAACAUACUGUUCUCAAUAUUCUGCGGCCUCUUGGUGCCCAUAGCGUACCACCUGAGUCGCAGUGCGAGCGACUACACGCUCAUCUGGAACUUGAUAAAGAAACAUUUGUUGCCGCCGGAGUUGUACGUGAUACACACUCCGGAAUGUUCCCCGGAGACUGACAAGUCGGACCCCAACACGCUGACUGAAGACAAAAAGAACAAUUCAGAGAGUAAUAUAUCGAAACAGAAUUCUAUAGGAAGUUCAGCGUCUAAGAUCAACUUUAGUUCGGAGACGAAUAUUGCUAAGCAGAAGAGGUCUCAGACGUCGAGCGUUAGUUCGUUGAAGAUGGACCCUCGGGGAGGGGACACGAUGAACUCCACGAAUUCCCUGAAGGGUGAGGUGCCUACAGAAGAUGACAAGACCCAGGAUACAAGUACUACGAACGUGAAGGCAGACUCUGAGAAGCCGGACGAGGACAUGGAGGACCCGCUGCCGAAGAAGUUGCAGGCGACGGUGAACGCGCGGCUCAAGAACGACGUCAUCGUGUGCACCUUCCUCGGACUCUUCGUGUUCGGCCUGCACUGCACCACUGUCUUCACCACGCUACGGCCACAACUCAAUACGGCGCUAUGGAUAAUAGCGGGCGUGCUGGGCUGGGCGCUGCACUACGCGGUCCCACAGCUGCGCAAGCAACAGCCGUGGCUGUGUCUGGCCGGGCCCGUGCUGCGCCAGCACGAGCACGCGCAGUUCGAGGUCACCGAGCCCGCCAGGCUCAUGUGCUUCGAGAAGAUGUUCGUGUACCUGAGCUUCCUGGAGCGCAACGUGCUGUACCCGGGCGUGGUGCUGGCGGCCACGUCGCAGGACGCGCCCGCGCUGGCCGCCAAGUACGGGGACGCCCUCGCCGCGCUCAUCGUGUGCGUCUGCGCACUCAAGUGUCUAAGAAACGCGUAUUCAGAGCCCGAGUCCCAGUACUUGAUCCUGGUGUUCGCAGUGCUCCUCUUCCAAAGAGACCUCAGCAGUCGCAAGAUAUCAGAGACUUUCCUCGUAGACUACUUCAUCACUGCCAUCAUCUUCAGCAAGGUCUACGAGUUCCUGCUCAAAGUGCAGUUCGUAGUGACAUACAUCGCGCCGUGGCAGAUCACGUGGGGGAGCGCGUUCCACGCGUUCGCGCAACCAUUCUCCGUGCCCCACUCCGCCAUGUUGUUCCUGCAGGCCGCCGUCUCCGCUCUGCUCUCCUCGCCACUCACCCCCGCACUCGGUAGUGCAAUAUUCAUGACAUCGUACGUGCGCCCCGUCAAGUUCUGGGAGCGCGACUACAACACGAAGCGAGUGGACCAGAGCAAUACGCGGCUCUCUUCUCAACUCGAGCGGAACUUAGGAGCUGACGAUAACAACCUGAAUUCAAUAUUCUACGAGCACCUGACUCGGUCGCUGCAGCACUACCUGUGUGGAGACCUCAUGCUCGGCCGGUGGGGACAGGUCCAGCAGGGAGACUGCUUCGUAUUAGCAUCAGACUACCUAAAUUGCCUGGUCCACAUAGUAGAAAUGGGCAAUGGGCUGGUGUCCUUCCAGCUGAGAGGGCUAGAGUUCAGAGGGACCUACUGCCAACAGAGAGAGGUUGAGGCCAUCUCCGAAGGCCCUGAGGAGAGCAGUGAGGGUGUAUGCGGCGGGUCGUGGUGGUGCGGGGGGCGCGCGCUGUCGCUGGGCGCGAUGUGGGCGCUGCGUUGGUUGGCGUGGCAGUUGGUGGCGGCGCGGUAUGUGCUCGAGGGAUACUCCGUCUCCGACAACUCUGCCGUCUCCAUGCUGCAAGUCUUCGAGUUUCGGAAGGUGCUGCUCACUUAUUACGUCAAGAGUAUAAUCUACUACACCAUCCAGUCAGCUAAGUUAGAAGAAUGGCUAUCCUCACCAAUGAUAGCGGAGGCGUUAAAGCCAAUGAACGAGAGGAACUUUGUGGACUUGGACCCCAUAUUCAAUGUCAACUUAGAUGAAGAUUACGACUUUAGAGCUUCUGGUAUUACCAGGAGUCGUUUCUGCGCGGUGUACGGGGAGUGGAUCGCGUACUGCGGCGCGCGGCGCGGCGCGGGCUGGCGGCGGCGCGGGCCGGCGGGCGCGGCGGGGGGCGCCGGCCCGGGCGCCGCGCUCACCACGCUGUGCUUCGCGCUCAGUCUGCUCGGCCGCCGCGCGCUCGCCGCCGCGCAGCAUCUCUCCGCCUCCAGCGUGGAGUUCUUCCUAUACGGCCUACACUCGCUAUUCAAGGGCGACUUCCGCAUCACAUGCGCGCGCGACGAGUGGGUGUUCACCGACAUGUCCCUGCUGCACUCCGUCCUGGCGCCCGCCAUACGGAUGGCGCUUAAACUACACCAGGACCACUUCAUGUUCCCUGAAGAGUAUUGCAGCAGUUCAGCUCUGUACUGCGCCAUAGCGUCCCACGCCCAGCGCCUCGUCAUCUGCCACGAGGCGGCCCCCGCCUGGAGGUACAACGUACUGCGGGGCGCGCCGCAUCUACUCGCACUCAGACACGUGGUGGACGAGGGUAACGACGAUUACAAGAUAAUAAUGCUGAACAAGCGCCACCUUGGAUUCCGAGUCAUCAAGCUCAACCGCGAGUGUGUACGCGGACUGUGGGCUGGACAGCAACAGGAACUGGUCUACCUCAGGAACAGGAACCCUGAACGAGGGUCUAUUCAGAACGCUAAACAGGCUCUCCGCAACAUAAUAAACUCGUCGUGCGACCAGCCCAUAGGCUACCCAAUCUACGUGUCCCCGCUGACGACAUCGUACGCCGACACGUCCCCCCAGCUGUGCGAGCUACUGGGCGGCCCGCUCACGGUCUCCGCCAUACGACAGCGCCUGGCCGCCGCCUGGAGACGAAUCCGUCGUCGUUGCGGCGAGGGCUGUUCGUCUGGCGGCGCGGGCGGCGCGUGCGACGCGGCGGCGGCCGAGGCGGGCGCGGCGCGGGCCAACACGCCCAGGCACAACGCGCUGCAUCUCUCCAGGACCUCGCUCGCGGGCACACGCGGUAGCUUAGCCAGUGCGGGCAAACCGACGUCGUCUACUCUAGCGUCCCUGGCCGGACUACUGCGGGACCAUUCUCACGAUAGACCGAUAGACCGCACGCACGAUGACUCCGCCGCGAGUGGAGUGGCGGCGGCGGGCGGGGGCGCGGGGGGCGCGCCGCGACCCGCCGAGCGCAGGGGGCGACCGCGCGCUGCGGGGAAGGAGGGGCGCCAGAGCGGGCGUGGCAUGCGUCGCGCGGCGCCGGCGUCGUUCCGUCUGCUGGGCGCGGCCGACGCCAUGCGGCUCGAGCCCGCCGCAUGCUCCUCGCAUCCCAACGACGACACGCAGAGUGCGGCGGGCAGUAACUGGGAGUGCGCGUGGCGAGACCAACCGAGGCGGGCCGCUAGUGCUAAGGUAUCCAGCAGUAGAGGAGGUCCAAGCGCCGAGUCAUCUCUGGAGGACCUGACGCUGACCCCGACAGGUCUGGACCUGUCUCUGCCGGACUGUAAGAUCAUCGCCAACAGAAACGCCAGGUACUAUGUCAAUGAAAUGACUCCGAAAGACUUGUCGAAACUCAGUAAAGAGAUUCGACACGAAAGGGAGAGCUAUAGAGAGCUAACAGGCCGCUACAUUGAGAAACCUGAAGCUAUACCUCUAAAGGAAACCCACUAUUCAGACUUAUCAAACAAAGAAUCGAUACUCAAGAAAGAAGCUAAAAAGGACUCUAAAGCCAAAGAAAUAAAGACUAAAAUUAAACGGUCGGACUCUGGUAGGAGUGAGUUAAAAGUGAAUGUCAGUGUGGGCAGUAAGGUGUUGAUAAUAGAGCCGUUGGGAGUGUACGACUGUAUCAACCUGGGCAGGAGGAUCGACGUACAGUGGCCCUCCGAGGCGGAGAGGGAGCGGGGCGGACGCAACUACUGGGGGACUUGGGUGCCCCUCGCCGGGAUGGACGGACUGGUGGUACACAAAUGGACGCCCAACCACAGAGACCCCAAGCUCCGCUCCCACGUGGACAAGAGCAUACUACUUAUACAAAUUGAUGACAAAUUCGUACCCAUAGCCGAAAACUGCGUACAAGACCUCGGCGAUGAAGUCUGA